GAAAAAGGUAAGCACACCCAGGCUGCUAACCAGGCAGGGUGGUUGCCCACACUGGCCCACCGUGAGAAAAAUAUAAGUCACCUUGAGUCGACAGCUUUUGGUGUACAGGGAGGGUUUGUUGGAGGUAGGACCCCUACUGCAGGAUCCAGUCACAAAGGUGGAAGCAAAAAUUCCCAGGCACCUGAUCCAGCUUCAACUGCCAUGGCUGUUACUCAGAAUUGGCAUUCCAUAUUUCCAAUCGAGAAUGAGAACUUAAUUUAUGGACGUUGGGAAGAUGACAUCAUCUGGGAUCCAGAGAUUUGUUCUUAA